GACCCUCCGUCGCCUGCUGCCAUCUUGAUUUCCUCAUCACAAACCUUUGCCUACGAUUUUGCUCUGCGUCGCGCAAGACCUUCCACCUCGAGUGAAUCUGGAGGCAAUAAUUUGCGAAUACGACCCGUUACUUGAGGACGACGUCACUUUCACCAUACCUACCUGUCGCACGUACGUACAUUUGCCAUUGCAGUACACCCGCAAGCGCUCGACAUUCGUCACACCUUUCUCACCGGUCGUGCGUCCCACAAUCACAUCCCACAAUGACUUCGCCGAUCCUCAACUUCGCGAUCCGCGGAUUCCAAGUCGUCUUUGCGGCCGUCGUCCUCGGACUGUCUGUCGGCAUGAUCAAGGGCCAAGGACCAACCCUUGAUUCGCCCAUCUCUCUUCGCUACACUGCGUUCGUUGGUGGUGUGACCUUCCUCACAGCGAUUGUUGGUAUCGCUGCAGAGUGGAUCUCUGUUUUGCAAGGCAUGGUUGGACUAAUCAUCGACGGUGUCGUGAUACUUCUCAACAUAGCCGGCGGUGUGCUGCUGGCCAUCCAGAUUGGCGUCCCGAAGUGCAGCGACACAAGCCCUGAGAACAUGCUGAACCUGUACCACAACCAUCUCUUCAACGGCGGCUGCUACAAGAAACUCCCAAAGGUAGAGGGCGAAUACCAGUGCUGGAAUGGUCCAUUCAACGACCGUGAGGGCCAGUUGAACGCCAGAUGCAAAGAGGCACAGGCUGACACAGUCUUCUUGUUCUUCACGGUUGUGAUCCUGCUCGUGUCGGCUACGAUGACGUUCUUGCGCCAGAAGAAGGGCUACUGAACGGGAAAGAGGUAGAAUGAUGUGAGUGGCUGGGCGAUCGGUAGACGGGUAGUGGCAGGAGUUGUGUGCAAUGGGUCGAUGG